AUGGAUACGACGUUUAAAGAGUUAUUCAAACUUUACGAUAUUAUACAAAACGACGAUACGAGAUCGGUCGAAAGGUUUUUAAAUACGCAGAAAGUAAACAUUAACUUAGUUUUACCCUGUAAAGGUAUUGGAGUGUUACAUUUAGCUGUAGGUAUAGACCCUUUGGAAAAAUCUAGAAAUUGCACAGAAUUAUUAUUGAAGCAUGGUGGCGAUCCUAAUCUAAGUAAUGACGAUGGUAUAACCCCAGUCCACAUAGCAGCGAUAUGGGGUAGAGUGGAUAAUUUGAAGCUACUCAUCGGCUGCGGUGGAGACCCUUCAAGACGUGACCUAGACGGCAUCUCAGCAUUUGAUUACGCUGUUAGAGAACAACAGUGGGAUGUUUACGAUUACUUGCAUAAUGUUAUCGACGAAAGUGAUUCCACCGAUGCUAUUGAAACGGAAUGUGCAUACAAUCUUAAUAUCGCACGGGUCUUAGUUACAACAGAUCAAAUGGUAGCUGAAUAUGAGCCACUCCAAGACAACCAGGCACAUAUAAUCAGUAGGAAGUCUGAUACUAUCAGAGAUUGGUUGGAUAGAAACAGCUUGGUCAUAAAUAAACUAUAUCCCACUAUACAUGGGGACACGUAUCUUAUAGAAGACGAAUCAGUACCAUGGACUGACGAAACCAAUACUACUUUCAUGACAUGUUGUUCAAAACGCGAAGUAGAAAUAACUGGAGUACAUCCCUUGGAACUAACUUCUGAUAAAAGCAAGUUCUCCAAUGAGAGCAAACAAAGAGCUAGCGUGUACGAAAACUUUUCGCUCCCAGGGUCACCUAGCUGUAUCACGCAUAGGAACUAUAACAACAAAACCAGCCUCAGGAAAGGGAAUUCCAAGGAACUGAUCGCUACCAACCAAUUGACAUUAGACAGUCAUAUAACUGAUGAUGAUUCUCAAAGUGAUCUGGACAAAGCGAUGAUGAUGGUCCAGAAUAGAACAAAUGAAUGGUUGUGCGGUGAUAGGAACAGGAAUACAAGGCGAUCAUCAGCCAGUAGCGGUGUUAGCAGCACUCCGUCUGGUAACAUAGUGCUGGCUAAUGUCCACGAGGAAUAUAAAUACGAAGACCCUGACGAAGACGUCGUUCUCAUAGAAAGAAGACUACAAGUAUCCUCGAUCGUACUGCCUGUAGACGAAGGGUCAGAUGCUGAUCAAACGGUACAUUCAAUAGCGUCUUCUUUGCCAUUUUCCGUUUCCUACGACAACGAGGCUCUUAGAUCCGAACUCAUACGCCUCGGAGUUACACCGGGUCCCAUACAGAAUACAACAAGAACGCUAUAUUUGAAGAAACUCCACGCCUUAAAAGCGAAUCCUAUUAUCGCUGAGCAUCAAGAAACUGGUAAAACUUACAGUGUAGAACUAACAAAAUCUCUCCGCAACGAUAAUUGGUUACAAAAUUUGUCUCCAUACAUCAAUAUACAGACAAAAGUGCAGUCAGAUUUUGAGAAUCCUAAGAAAAUUUGGAGGGAAGGAAACGCGAAAACGUCAUUCACAUAUUUGCUACUAGAUCCACGAAUCACAGGAAACUUGCCAGCCAGAGCUAACAGCCAAACCCAUCAAGUAUCUUGGACUACAUUCAUUAAUUCAAUCUUCUAUAUUGGUAAAGGUAAACGUUCAAGACCAUACGCCCAUUUAUACCAAGCGCUGACACCAUGGAAACACAAUAUAAGGAAAUCAAGCAAACAGAAAGUUCAACAUAUACUGGACAUAUGGUCGGACGGUUUGGGUGUUAUAUGUCUGCAUGUGUUCCAAAACAUUAUACCAGCCGAGGCAUACACAUAUGAGGCUGCAAUGAUUGAUGUCAUCGGACUAAAUAAUCUUAAGAAUGAGAAAAUCGGUAAUUACUAUGGUGUAGCCGAACAAUUGACUAGGAAGGAGAGACGGAUGCUUGGACUAUAUUUAUUAUAUAAAGCAUUGAAUAUUUAUAUUAACGAAGGUGAAAGACAACUCAGACCGGAUAAUGUUAAGGGAGACUGA